CGUCCGUGUCUCUCUCGAUCUCUCUCACACGUAGCCAUAUCACACAGCACACAGUGCUCCACUUCUCUUUGCACCAACACGCCACCUCGAGCAGUGAGUGGGAGUGCAUUGCAUUGCGCAGCUAGCCAGCUGGGGAGAGCAGAGCUGGUAGAUGGCGAGCAGCGCGGGGCAGCACUUCCUGAGGCAGCUGAGCGCGAGCAACAACGGAGGCUGCGUGCUGCAGCAGGGGCAGGAGGAGUAUGGCUGCAGCGACGCCGGCGGGAGGAGGAGGGGCUCCCGGCGGUGGUCCAAGAAGAGGGCGGCUGCGAGGGGCUACGGCGCCGGCAAUGGCUGCAGGAGUAAGCCGGGGGACGGCGCCGCAGCGGCAAGGAAGCGGGUGAUGGUGGUGGUGGACGAGAGCUCGGGCGCCAAGCACGCCAUGAUGUGGGCACUCACCCACGUUGCCAACAAGGGGGACUUCCUCACGCUGCUCCACGUCCUGCCGAACUGCGGCGGUAGAGGGGAGGAGGCCUCCUCCCUCGCCAACUCGCUCGGCACGCUCUGCAAGGCCUGUAGGCCUGAGGUGGAGGUUGAAGCGCUUGUGAUCCAAGGGCCCAAGCUGGCCACCGUCCUCAGCCAAGUGAAGAAGCUGGAGGCCUCCGUGCUGGUGCUCAGCCAGUGCAGGCCCUCUCCUUUCUGCUGGUUAAGCUGCUUCCUGCGGAGCAGCAGCGAGGAGUUCGUGGAGCAAUGCAUCAACCAUGCAGAAUGCCUGACGCUGGCCGUGAGGAAGCAGAGCAAAGGCGUCGGUGGGUACCUCGUCAGCACCCGGUGGCAGAAGAACUUCUGGCUCCUGGCUUGACAACCAUAUAGCCCAGUUACUACUUGAUCAUAUUUUACUCCCAUAUAUCUGCCAUUGCGUUUAACCGAGUGCAUCAUGAAAUCCUCUCCUCCCUCCCUGCCAUGUCGUGUAUGCUUCUGUGGAUCAUCCUACUUUCUUCUGUUGUAAAGCCGAAAGAGCCUUUAGAUCUGACCCUCCUACAAGCCUACAUCUUCUCUGCAGUGUUUGUAAUCUGUAAUGUACUAUCGUGUAAUGUUGCAUAAAUGACCAUUUCUGCUGUGA